AAUCAUAUCAUAUUGUUUUGCGUCUUCCAGUGAUCAAGAUCUAUCCGGUGCUGUUCAAAGUAUAUUGCGGUGUCCUGACGGGAUUAUUAGUCGAAACCUAGAAUAUCCUUUUCUCGUGUCGUAGUGACUUUUCAAUUUGUUUUUGAAAAUGAAAUUCGUAAUUGUGCUCGUUGCUGCCAUCGCUGCUGCCUCUGCCCAGAUUCGUCCUCUCCCGAUUCGGCCGGUUCCAUUCGGUGGCCCUGAAGCUGGUGCCGUGAUCCUGAAUCAAGUUUACGAACCCAACCCAGACGGCUCUUACGUCUACAGUUAUGAAACUAGCAACGGUAUCCGUGCCGAUCAACGUGGCUUCCUGAAGAACCCUGGAACUCCUGGAGAGGCUCAGGUCAUGCAAGGAUCUUACUCGUACACCGGUCCAGAUGGCGUAGUCUACACCAUCAACUACAUCGCCGACGAGAAUGGCUAUCGUGCGGAAGGCGCCCACAUCCCAUCUGCUCCACGGUACAACCCACGCUUCCCAGGUCCAUUCUAAUAGGUGAAACCGCUAGAGCGACCUUCGAAGCGCCAGUUACUUAGUUAUGAUAUUUAUUCGAAAAGUUCGCCUAAGCCAGCAAAAGUUCACUUUGCUCUCUACUCCUGCUUACGUACAACGACAAUUUUAGCCCUGGUGGAAUAUCGAAUGUGCUCAUCGGCGCACAGCGUACUCAUCAUCUGUCGGUCUGUGAAUAGUAUAGCGUACUUAUUUCUUCUAUCGGAAUCGUUCUAUCUCGAUGUGAUAUUUCAUUCAUCUCGUAGUGCUUCGCUCUCUUCAAUAUGGGAAAAUUAUUCGAUCCCAGGCGCAAAUGCUAACAAUUACUCCUCCCCUUCCGAAUGGCGACAAAACUCACCGAUGCCCGCUCGCAAUAAUGGUGAAGACGCAAUUACCCACGACGACGAUCUGCCAUUAGACUAGCGGCUCUUCUAUAUCUAGAUCCCCUCUCGGUUUCCCCUUUGCAACACACAUGACUAUCUAAAUAUUUCUGCCAAAUGCAUAAUUUAUUUUUCCGCUCGUACUGCCCACUACAAAACAAAUCACUGUAAACUUCUCACUCAUUCGCGAUUUCUACUGUAAAUAAAUAUAAAUAACAACUCGUAACGAUAAUUGUAAUUAUACUCUUUACAAGUGAUUAUUCGUAAACUGUGUAUACACAAGCCCUCGGUCGAGAGUGGCAAUUUUGUAAUAUUUUUUGUUGUGUGAAUAAAUAAAAUGCAAUCGCCUAGCAUAAAGAGGCGCCUUUCAUAAAAAAGAA